AUUUAGCUGAUCCAAACUGCUGGCUUAGUACACUUAAAUCUGGACUAGAUCCGAAACGUGGUCCAGAUCCACCAACCUCGAUUGCACCAAUUGUAUUGGGAUCCUUCAGUGGAGCUUUGAAUGGUUUCAACUUGUCUUUGUUGCGCAGAGAGAAAAUGAAGGAAUUAGGUGCCCUCUUGUAG